AUGAGGUUGUUGAUAACUUUCUUUAUAGUGACUUGGUGCGCUGUAUGCUGUCAAGGAAGUUUAUUUUCAAAAUUUCUGGAGAAAAUUAACAGACAGCAACCGAAGUCAUACGUACCGAAUUCAGCCAGAGCCUAUUACACAGGACCAUCUUACCCGACUUCUCCAUAUGGAUCUACUGGAUUGACUGGAAGUGGACCAUUCGGCUCAGCGACAUCAGUGUUCGGGAAUACCAACACAGCUUUUGGAGCGGCGAGUGGUACCCCCUCCGUUACAGGAAGUUCAGGAUUCGCCAAUACCGCUUUCGGAUCUACAUCAACUGGAACAGCUCCCAAUUCAACGAUAACAGGAGGCGUUACUGGAUCUUCUGGUUUCAAUAACAACGCGUUUCAAAAUACGACUACGACUGGUAACACGACUUCCACUCCGACUACAAAUACUACAAACAAUGUAACUGCCCCGGCUACGAAUGCUACCACAGCGAGUAAUACGAACACUACAAGUAAUGUAACCGGUUCCAGUGGGUUCAAUAACAAUGCUUUCCAAAAUAACAAUACGAGUAGCACUACGACAUCAAAUCCGACUUCCAAUACGACUACAGCCAGUAAUACGACCUCAACUCCGACAACGAAUACAUCUACGACCACUAAUACGACUUCAACUCCGACCACCAAUACUACAAGUAAUGUAACUGGUUCUGGUGGUUUCAACAACAAUGCUUUCCAAAACAACAGUACGACUAGCAAUAUGACAUCCACUCCGACUACCAAUACGACUACGACCAGUAAUACGACCUCUACCCCGACUACGAAUACAACAAGCAAU